UUUACCACUCCUCCUAGUUUAGUAUCAUCCGCAAACUUGCUGAGGGUGCAAUCCACACCAUCCUGCAGAUCAUUAAUGAAGAUAUUGAAGAAAACCGGCCCGAGGACCGACCCUUGGGGCACUAUGCUUGAUACCGUCUGCCAACUAGACAUGGAGCCAUUGAUCACUACCCGUUGAGCCUGACAAUCUAGCCAAUUUUCUACCCACCUUAUAGUGCAUUCGUCCAGCCCAUACUUCUUUAACUUGCAGACAAGAAUACUGUGGGAGACCAUGUCAAAAGCUUUACUAAAGCCAAGGAACACUACGUCCACUGCUUUCCCUUCAUCCACAGAACCAGUUAUCUCGUCAUAGGAAAGUUGUAGGAAAGGUGCGUGGCAGCCUCCUGUUCAUAAUUAUUAGGGGAAAUUAAGCUAGUUAGCAUAUGUGACUCCAUUUUGGGUUUCCUCUCGGCCAUUAACUAGAAGCGAGCACACCACGUACCAAGGAAGGAAGGAAGGAUCCUUCAGGGUGGACAGCUGGACAGUUUCAAGAGAAGGGAAACAAAGGCGACAGGAACCAGCCGACAUGCCUGAAAUAGCUGCUAAUUUAGCGUUUUUGCAGGGGGAAGGUGGCUGCAGGGGAUUGGUGAUAGAUAAGGAGAAGGCCUGUUUUUUGGGUUAGGCCCCCCGAGGCACACAGGCAGGAUGUUUUGCCAACAGUAUAGAAUCUUUGUGUAACCUGCAAUCGGGGUCCCGCUCUGCUUAACGGAGCGGUGCCACGCUCGAGCGUAAGAAACCUACAAACUCUGAGACACUCUGCAGUCUGUCUUUAUUUGGUUGCCUCAGCCUAGAAACAAACUGUACAUGUCCUAACUGGAAUAAUUCGUAACAGUUUGGGACUCUAGGCUUGCCCUCGUAAGCGAAGCCGCACUCCUUCCCUCAGACAACUGCAGCCGGCACCAGGUGAGUUCACCUUCAAGAACUCGGAGGAACGGGCGUGUGGGCCGUCGCUUAGGCGAUAAGGUGGCACCUGAGGCGUUCUUUUGGUAGCCCUAGAAUGGGCUCUGGGCAGAGUGUGAGCAGGGGAACCCCUUUGGCUGAGAUUCUCAGGAAUUGGAAAAAUAUUUCUGGCACCCCUGGGUUAGGUGAAAGGAGAGCUGUAAUUUUGUAUAAAGUCGAGUGGCCAGCGCUGACUAUUCAGACGCCCUUUGGAUGGCCACCCGACGGAACUUUUGCACAGGAUGAAUUAACCUGCCUUAGACAACAGCUGGAGGACAAGCAUCCAGCUGAAAUGGAUUAUUGGUAUGUAUGGGAUAAUUGGGCAUACGCCCGAGAUAAGGGGCGCCCCUCAACUUUGGGCUCUGGUACCAGAUCUAAGGUUUGCAUGCCGCUUGCAGGUUCCGCUCCGCCCUAUGCUGCUUUCCCUCCUCCGUCUCUUCCCGCUACUCCUCCUCCUGUUGCCCCUCUAUAGCCGCCUGUAACCCUACCCCCUGUUGCGCUUCAAGUGCCCGAUACAACAACCCGUUGCGACGAGCAAUGACCGUGUCACUAUGGUCACGUCCACCGCCCUUUUGGGCCUGGGGACCUGGUCACCUGGCAGUCACAGAUGCCGAGGUUCGCGACGAUCCGGAAAGAGUCCUACAGACUAUCCGUUCAGUCCUUACGGCAUUUAACCCUAACUGGGCAGACGUCCAGGCUAUUUUGCAAACCCUAUUUACCCCUGACGAGAAGUAUUCUAUUCUAGACGCCAAUCGGCGUUGGGCGGGGGACGCUGAGAAUCGCACCCCUUGGCCCGAAGCCGAUCCAGGUUGGGAUCCUAACGACCUCAAUGGCCGGGCCAGCCUCUCAGCUGCCCGGGAAGAGCUCCUGGAGAGCAUCCGUAGGGCGGGUAGUAAGACGGCAAAUUGGUCAAAAAUUAGAGAGUGCCAGCAAGACCUAAACGAGCAUCCGUCUGUAUGUUUGGCCAGCUUGUUUAAGCAGGUUAGAAUGUAUGGGGGAGGGGUGGAGCCAGAAGCCGAGGUUAGCCGCAUGAUGAUGGUCUCUUACUUUGUCGAUCAAGCGGCGCCGGACAUAAAGAAGUAUUUAACUAAACAUGUUCCCGAUUGGCCAGGGAAAGCCCUAAGCGAAGUAGUUCGCCUGGUCACUUUUGUGUUUAAUGGUAGGGACGAGGAGAAAGCUAAGGAAAAACGUAAGCAAAAGAAGGAGGAAGUAAGUAUGUUGGCAGCCGCAUUGCAGGUUCUCUUGGGGAAUCAGCACUGGCAGGGACACGGGAAUACAAGGGGGAGGGGACGCGGACGUGGGACAGGACGGGGAGGAGGCUGUGGUGGGACAAGGAACGGGAACUGUUAUUAUUGUAAGCAACCGGGGCACUGGAAGAAGGAAUACCCCCUGCUUCCACGAGGGGCUCCUUGGCAGGAUCAGCCGGUGACCGGUUCCUCCUUUCCCCCUAACGCUUCCCAGGACUUCGAUAAUCCCCAGUGACGAGAGGCAGAGAUUUUGGGAGCCGUGGGAGAGUUGGAAUGGAAUCUUGGAUUGCAGUCGCAUAUUUCCUUGUAAAUUGUGGAACGAAUUCUCCAGCGUCCCACCCAAUUUGUGGAGCGUGAGUUCCACCGACGUGGGCCUCCUUCAAUCAGCCACUCCAGUCAGUCUGCAGCAGGGUAGAAGUCGAUAUCCACACCCUUAUGCAGCAGGCCACCUCACUUCACCGUGUCACCCUUGACGACACCAGUACCGGAUUCCACCACACGCUCCUCUCUCCACACCUCACCUCCAGGCUGCCAGACUUGGGGGCUUGGGGAAGGCGUAUUUUGUACCUCCUUCUUAUGGCUGGUUCUCUUUUUGUAUUACUUUUGUAUACCUACAAUGCUGUAGUAUGAGCUGCCGGCAAAUUUUAAUCUUGCAUCGAGGUUAUUCUGCCCUCAUAUAGUUUACUGACGUAUAUAACAAAAGGAAGGACUGUCAGGGGCAAUCAACCGAGUUAGCAUAUGUGACUCCAUUUUGGGUUUCCUGUCGGCCAUUAACUAGAAGCGAGCACAUCACAUACCAAGGGAGGAGGAUCCUUCAGGGUGGACAGCUGGACAGUUUCAAGAUAAGGGAAACAAAGGAGACAGGAACCAGCCGACAUGCCUGAAAUAGCUGCUAAUUUAGCGUUUUUGCAGCGGGAAGGUGGCUGCAGGGGACUGGUGAUAGAUAAGGAGAAGGCCUGUUUAUUGGGUUAGGCCUCCCCCACCCCACCCCCCGCCCCGAGGCACACAGGCAGGAUGUUUUGCCAACAGUAUAUAAUCUUUGUGUAACCUGUAAUCGGGGUCCCGCUCUGCUUAAGAGAACGGUACCACGCUCGAGCGUAAUAAACCUACAAACGCUGA